UGAUUGAUUGAAACUGAGAGCAUCUCUGAGCGGGCCCUCGCUGGAGUCCGGGAAACGCCUGCAGUCAAUCGACGUCUAUCGCAGCGAAUUGAAGUGGUCGACGGCUCCUCAUAGGCCUAGCUGAGGCUUAGUAAACACCAAUUCACUUGACGUGCGCCGACGACGGACCGACGAACUCUCGAGAGUUUUUUACCGCUUUGUGGCUCUGAAAAAUCUCUGCCCCGGUACCAUGGAGCACGUGACGCCCGGUGAUAACGUACUCCUACUGUGGAAUGGGCAGCCCGAGCUUAAAGCCUUGGAGGAGUUCGUCGAAACGGCGAAAAAAACCUCGGGCAAAGAGGCAGCUGUCGAGAACCUGGAUUUUUUCAAGGGUCGCGAGGAAUAUUUCGAGGUCGUUUUCGUGGGAGCAGUUACCCCUCGGAUGAAACUUUCGCCUAGCGAGUGGAGCAAAGUUCACAAAUCACUGAAGCUGUCCGGAACACUGGUAUACUCGACAGACUGUUCCACCGGCGCGGCUAAGGAGCUGAAACUGAAUGGUUUCAUCAAGGUUUCUGAACCAAAAGAAAUCAAAGGCGGUGUUGAGUUCCUCGCACAGAAACCGCCGUACAAACUGGGAGCUUCGACCUCUAUCGGGAAUCAAGCUUAUUGGCUCCUCGAAACGGGCGAGCUAAUUGACGACGAUCAGCUGCUGCAUAGCGAUGAUUGCGUAGGGGUCGACCCGAGCAAAGCAUACGUCUGCCCCGAACCAGGUCCGAAAAAAAUGUGCAAGAAUUGCACCUGUUAUCUCUCCAAAGAUUUAGAGAAAGCCAAGAUCGAUACCGCUCCUCCGCUAAAAAGUAGUUGCGGGAGUUGCUACCUGGGUGAUGCAUACCGGUGUGCCGAAUGUCCAUACCGAGGAUUGCCUUCCUUCAAGCCCGGAGAAAACGUCACGCUGGAUCCGGAUCUCCUGAAGUGAUUUCCGUGAUUCGAGUCUAGGAAGAGUGGAGACUCGGGACAGGUACAGCUACGAAAGGAGAUCGGAAAUGCUAAACGCUGACGAUCGAAGCAUAUAGGCAGUGAAAUCGGAACGCCCGGGGAUCUGUUCAGGAAUACCGCAGUGUAGGGAACCAGAUUAUCGAAUAAAGCUACUUCUCGCUUGUUUCGCUCAAGA